AUGGCGCUGCGAGCUGGCCAGCUCUUUUCUCCGUGUCUCCUCGCCGCAGCUUUGUUAUUGCUCGCGAGCGGACCGCAGUUUGCGCUUUGUUGUCCGAGUCGCUGUUUAUGCUUCCGAACCACCGUGAGAUGUAUGCAUCUAAACCUGGAAACCGUGCCGGCAGUUUCUCCUCAGACUACCAUUCUAGACCUGAGGUUCAAUAAAAUCAAGGAUUUACAACCAGCCUCCUUCAGACGAUUAAAGAACCUCAACACACUCCUCCUCAACAACAAUCAUAUACGAAGGGUCCCCAGGGGAGCAUUUGAAGACCUGGAAAACCUCAAAUAUCUCUAUUUGUACAAGAAUGAAAUCCAAUCAAUUGACAGACAAGCAUUUAAGGGGCUUGUCUCUCUUGAGCAACUGUACCUGCACUUCAACAACAUUGAGUCUUUGGAACCAGAAUCAUUCACUCACCUACCAAAGCUGGAACGACUGUUUUUGCACAACAACAGAAUCUCCCAGCUCGUCCCGGGAACCUUCUCUCAUCUUCAGGCCAUGAAGCGACUGCGACUGGAUUCCAAUGCGUUGAACUGUGACUGUGAGCUGCUGUGGCUGGCUGACCUGCUGAAGCAGUAUGCUGAGUCAGGCAAUGCUCAGGCUGCUGCCACCUGCGACUACCCCAGCCGCCUACAGGGCCGAUCUGUGGCAACGCUCACUGCAGAGGAGCUCAACUGUGAGGUACCUCGGAUCACCUCAGAGCCUCAGGAUGUCGAUGUGACAUCGGGGAACACUGUCUACUUCACCUGUCGGGCUGAAGGCAACCCGAAACCCCAGAUCAUCUGGCUCAGGAACAACAACGCUCUGAACAUGCGCGAUGACAGCCGUCUAAACCUGCUGGAGGACGGGACGCUGAUGAUUCAGGACACCAGGGAGACAGACCAGGGAGUCUACCAGUGUAUGGCCAAAAACGUGGCCGGCGAGGUUAAGACUUCACAGGUCACGCUGCGAUACUUUGGAGCCCCCUUACGGCCAAGUUUUGUGAUCCAGCCCCAGAACACCGAGGUGCUGGUGGGAGAGAGUGUGACCCUGGAGUGUAGCGCCACGGGCCAGCCGCAGCCCCGGGUCUCCUGGACCAAGGGCGAUCGCACGCCCCUGCCCAACGACGCCCGUGUCAACAUCACCCCCUCUGGAGGGCUUUACAUCCAGAACGUGGACCAGGCAGAUGGGGGACAGUACACCUGUUUUGCAUCGAAUAAUGUUGAUACUAUACACGCUACGGCGUAUAUCAUCGUACAAGCGAUCCCCCAGUUCACGGUCACUCCACAGGACCAGUCCGUCCUGGAGGGUCACACGGUGGACUUCCCCUGUGAGGCAAGUGGUUACCCCAAGCCGGUAAUUGCCUGGACACGUGGGGGCAGUCCGUUACCCCUCGACCGCCGUUACGUGGUCCUGGCCUCCGGCACUCUCCGCAUCACUCGGGUGGCGGCCCACGACGAGGGCCAGUAUGAGUGCCAGGCGGUCAGCCCUGUGGGGACUGUGCGCACCGCUGUGCAGCUCAGCAUCCAGCAAAGAGUAACGCCUGUUUUCACAAAUGCUCCAAGGGACGUGACGGUGGAGUCUGGCCAGGAUGUCCAGAUUCCCUGCAGCGCUCAGGGCCAGCCACAACCUGCCCUCACCUGGAACAAGGAUGGUGUGCAGGUGACAGAGAGUGGAAAGUUCCACAUCAGCCCCGAGGGUUAUCUCGAGGUGAGAGACGUGGGCACUGCUGACGCCGGUCGCUACGAGUGUGUCGCACGCAAUCCCAUCGGCUACCAGGUUGCCAGCAUGGUGCUCACUGUCACAGUUCCUGCAGUCAGCAGACAGGGCGACACCUUUGUGAGCACGUCCAUCGAGCAGGCCAUCCGCAACGUGGACAGCGCUAUUGAGUCAACCAGGAGACGUCUCUUUGAUGGGCAGCCUCGUACCCCAGGAGAGUUGCUAGCUCUCUUCCGGUAUCCACGAGACCCCUACACAGUGGAGCAGGCGCGUGCCGGGGAGAUCUUCGAGCAGACUCUUCUGCUCAUCCAGAACCACGUCAACCAGGGUCUCACGGUCGACACCAACGGCACCGCAUUCCGCUACAACGACCUGGUGUCCCCUCACUUUCUGGAUGUGAUUGCCAACCUGUCGGGAUGCACGGCCCACCGUCGCUUCAACAACUGCUCCGACAUUUGCUUCCACCAGAAGUACCGCAGCCACGACGGCACCUGCAACAACCUGCAGCACCCGAUGUGGGGCGCCUCCCUCACGGCCUUCGAACGCCUCCUGAAGUCGGUCUACGACAAUGGCUUCAACCUGCCGAGAGGGGCAAAUGAGCAGCUGCAUAAUGGCUACAGGCUACCUCUGCCGAGGUUGGUGUCCACCACCAUGAUCGGAACGGAGACCAUCACUCCCGAUGACCGCUACACUCACAUGCUGAUGCAGUGGGGCCAGUUCUUGGACCACGACUUGGACUCGACAGUGGCGGCUCUCAGUCAGUCGCGGUUCUCCGACGGCCAGCUGUGCACUCAGGUCUGCACCAAUGACCCGCCAUGCUUUCCGAUCCACUUCCCACCCAAUGACCCACGGCAGCUGCGGAGUGGCGCCCGCUGCAUGUUCUUUGUCCGGUCCAGCCCUGUGUGCGGCAGCGGGAUGACCUCUCUUCUCAUGAACAGCGUGUACCCAAGAGAGCAGAUCAACCAGCUGACCUCUUACAUUGAUGCUUCCAAUGUCUACGGCAACUCACGCCAUGAAUCUGAGGAAAUCCGAGAUUUGGCCAGCCAACGAGGUCUGCUCCGGCAAGGUAUCAUCCAGCGGACAGGGAAGCCUCUCCUGCCCUUUGCUGCUGGACCUCCCACUGAGUGUAUGAGGGAUGAAAACGAGAGUCCAAUUCCAUGUUUCUUAGCUGGAGAUCACCGGGCCAAUGAACAGCUGGGUCUGACCGCUAUGCACACGGUGUGGUUCAGGGAACACAACCGCAUAGCUACGGAGCUACUGAGACUCAACCCCCACUGGGACGGGGACACCAUCUACCACGAGGCCAGGAAGAUAGUGGGGGCCCAGAUGCAGCACAUCACCUACAGGCACUGGUUGCCAAAGAUCCUGGGUGAGGCAGGCAUGAAGUGGAUGGGGCCAUACACCGGUUACAACCCCAAUAUCAACACUGGCAUCGUCAGCGCUUUCGCUACUGCUGCGUUCCGCUUCGGGCACACCCUCAUCAACCCAAUACUCUACAGGUUAGACGAGGACUUCCAGCCUAUCCCCCAGGGACACAUCUCGCUGCACCGGGCCUUCUUCUCCCCGUUCCGCAUCGUGAAUGAGGGCGGCAUCGACCCACUGCUUCGCGGGCUCUUUGGCGUCGCUGGCAAAAUGCGUGUUUCCACACAGAUGCUGAAUACAGAGCUGACGGAGAGGCUGUUCUCGAUGGUGCAUGCUGUGGCCCUGGACCUGGCUGCCAUGAAUAUACAGAGAGGAAGGGACCAUGGUAUCCCCCCGUACAAUGACUACAGGGUCUUCUGCAAUCUGACCUCGGCUCAGACCUUUGAUGACCUGAGGAACGAAAUUAAGAAUCCUAACGUCAGAGAGAAACUGCAGAGGCUGUAUGGCACUCCUCUGAACAUCGAUCUGUUCCCUGCGCUGAUGGCUGAAGACCUGGUCCCUGGCAGCAGAGUGGGGCCCACCCUCAUGUGUCUGCUUGCAACCCAGUUCAAACGCCUGCAGGAUGGGGACAGGUUCUGGUACGAAAACCCGGGUGUGUUCUCUCCUGCCCAGCUGACACAGCUGAAGCAGGCUUCUCUGACGCGGGUGCUGUGCGACAACGGGGACAACAUCACACGCGUCCAGCCGGACGUCUUCAGGGUGGCCGAGCUGCCCCACGGCUACGGCAGCUGUGACGACAUCCCUCAGAUUGACCUGCGCAUGUGGCAGGACUGCUGUGAAGACUGCAGAACCAAGGGGCAGUUCAACGCCCUGUCAUACCACUUCAGAGGACGCAGAUCAGCUGAGCACAGCUACAAAGAGGAGGGACUGGCCAACAGCGUCCAGGAGAACAGCCCAGUGAAGGAAGCCGGACAAAGUAUUGUAAAUGUCACUGUGACCUCCAAAAAAAGCACUGAACCAUCGAUCAACGACUUCCAGGACUUUGUCUCCGACAUGCAGAAGACAAUCACAGGUUUACGAAAGCAGAUUAAAAGACUCGAGGCCCGUCUGAGCAAGACCGCCUGCACUGACAGCGAGGGACGCGAGCGGACAGACGGAGAGCGCUGGAAACAGGACUCCUGCACCAUAUGUGAAUGCAGAGACACCCAGGUGACCUGCUUUGUGGAGUCUUGUCCACCAGCUGAGUGCAAACGGCCCGUCAAGCUAAAAAGCGCCUGCUGCCCGAUGUGCCGUGAACAAGCCGAUGUUGAGAAGCAGCCUCGAGCGGACACCCGCCACGAAUAA